AUGGGUGGAGGCGCAUUCAGAGGUGGUGGUGGCGGGGGUUACAGCAGAGGUGCCUAUGGUGGUUCCAGGCCUGGUGGUGGCUAUGGCGCGCCGCGCGGUGGUGGUGGUUCCGGCUGGGGCGGUGGAAAUUCAGACGAUCGGGACCCAUUUGCUGAAGACAAGGCACGCAAGCAGGAAGUGGAUGCAAUGUUCACGCAAGAGAACACGGGGAUCAACUUCGACGCCUACGACGACAUUCCGGUCGAGGCCACGGGGGAGCAGGUGCCCAACCCAAUCACCAGCUUCGACGAUGCCGACCUGCCCCCUGCACUGGCAGCCAACACAGUGCGCUGCAACUACACCAAGCCCACACCAGUGCAGAAGUACUCCAUCCCCAUCGGCCUGGCGCAUCGCGACCUGAUGGCUUGCGCGCAGACGGGCUCCGGCAAGACGGCCGCCUUCUGCUUCCCUAUCAUCGCCAACAUCCUCAAGUCCAACGUGCAGCCGCUGGGGCGCAGCAGGAAGGCGCACCCCAUGGCACUGGUGCUCAGCCCCACGCGCGAGUUGUCCUCCCAGAUCUACGACGAGGCCCGCAAGUUCACCUACCAGACAGGCAUCCGCCCUGUCGUCGUGUACGGAGGCGCACCCGUCAUGAACCAGCUGCGGGAGAUGGAGCGCGGCUGCGACAUCCUGGUGGCGACGCCCGGGCGGCUGAGCGACCUGAUCGAGCGCGCGCGUGUGUCGCUCUCGCGCGUCACCUACCUGGCGCUGGACGAGGCCGACCGCAUGCUGGACAUGGGUUUCGAGCCGCAGAUCCGGCGCAUCGUGGAGCAGGAGGACAUGCCGCGCACCGGGCAGCGCCAGACGCUGCUGUUCAGCGCCACCUUCCCCAAGGAGAUCCAGCGCCUGGCCGCUGACUUCCUGCACAACUACAUCUUCCUGGCCGUGGGCCGCGUGGGCUCCUCCACCGAGCUCAUCGUGCAGCACAUCGAGUAUGUGUCCCCCGGUGACAAGCGCCAGGUCCUCCUCGACCUCAUCAACACCGUCGAGGGCCUGACGCUGGUCUUUGUGGAGACCAAGCGCGGAGCGGAUGCCCUGGAGGACUUCCUGGCCGGCAACAACUUCCCUGCCACAUCUAUCCACGGCGACCGCUCCCAGCAGGAGCGCGAGGCGGCCCUGCGCAGCUUCAGGUCGGGCCGCACGCCAAUCCUGGUGGCGACUGACGUGGCCGCUCGUGGGCUGGAUAUCCCCCAUGUGACCCACGUCAUCAACUUCGACCUGCCCACCGAUGUGGACGAUUACGUGCACCGCAUCGGUCGCACAGGGCGUGCCGGCAAGAAGGGCCUCGCCACUGCCUUCUUUACUGACAAGGACGCUGGCCUGGCCAAGGGCCUCGCAGAGCUGCUGCAGGAGACAAACCAGGAGGUGCCAGGCUGGCUGCAAAACAUUUCGGCGCGCUCGGCCCCUUACGGCCAGAAGAGUUCGCGUGGUGGCGGCCGCAGCGGCAACAACCGCUUUGGAGGCCGCGACUACCGCCAGGACCGCGGAGCCAGCUACGGGGGUGGCGGCGGCAGCUACGGGGGCGGCGGCAGCUACGGUGGCGGCGGCGGCUACGGCGUCGCACCAGCUGCAUAUGGCGCUGCUUAUGGCGGCGCUGGCUACAGCCAUGCUCCCAGCUACGGUGCGGCUGGCGCGUACGGCGUCCAGAGCGGCGGCGCCGGCUACCAAAGCGCAUGGGACUAA